CAGAGACACACCUGAGUGCGCAUUUCCUCUUCAGGUUCCUGUAAAAACACAAGCGCAGAAAACCCUGGCUGCAGUCAGUGUAUGAUGUCUUUUCAGAGAUGUCAUGUGGACGGUGUUGUUGGAGGAUAGAGCUGAUCUUUCUGAUGUAAUUAAGCAGAAUGACCGUGGCAUUAAACUGAGCAGCGUCUCUCUGAAGGACACCGCUUGUGGACGGGAUGUUGGGAUUGUUCUGGUUCUGGCUGGGUUCUGUGCUCUCCGUCUCUGAGUUUGAUGUGUUAAGCUGCAGAAACUCCUCGGUCACGUUAAACGUGGUUCUGCUAGAGGAUGAGAACUCGCCCUGGAGUCUGAAGUUUGUGAAGGACACGGUGGAUAUGGCUGUUGAAGAGGAGAAUAAAAAAAACCAGGCCGAAAGCCUGGACUUCCAGAUCAAGGUGUUGUUCAGCGGCUUUAACACCACACAUUACCGGCGCAGGGGCUGUGGCAGCAGUACGUGUGAGGCCGUGGAGAUCCUCAAAUCGCUGCAUAACAGCAGUGAGCUUGGAUGCAUGAUGUUGGGUCCGUCCUGCACAUAUGCAACAUUUCAACUGGUGGAUCAGGAGGUGGGCUUGACCCUGACUAUCCCCAUCAUCUCAGCUGGCAGCUUCGGUCUUUCCUGCGACUACAAGGACAAACUCACCCGGCUGCUUCCUCCGGCGCGCAAAAUCUCAGAGUUCUUCGUCCAUUUCUGGAAUGUGUCCUUCGACAAUCUGAAACCUGCGUGGAAGACAGCGUACAUCUAUAAAAAACUGGACAACACGGAGGAAUGCUUCUGGUACAUCAAUGCUCUGGAGGCGCCGUCUGCUCUGUUUGCCUCCAACAUAUCCAGAGAGAUGCUGAGGAGCCAAGGGGACCUGGAAGACAAGCUGAAAGCUCAGGACCGACACAGCAACAUUUUUGUCCUAUGUGGGACACCAGACGAUGUUCUGGCCAUUAAGAAAAACACCACCAUUCCUCCGCAUGUGGUCUUCGUCCUGAUCGACCUGUACAAUGAUGGUUAUCACACCAACGAGUCCAGCUUCGAGCACAUGCGGGAUGUGCUGGUGGUCACCAUGGACAGCUUCAGAAACUACUCCAGACACACGUCCUGGAAGACGAAUUCAACGGCGCUGAAUGAUUAUGUAGUGGCUUACCAUGAUGCCGUGGUUCUCUUCGGUGAUAUGAUGAGACAAAACCUGAAGGCGAAACAGCAUCUAAACAAUGGCAUCAUUAAACAGCCUUUCAGAAACAUGAGCUUCGAAGGUAUGGGAGGACACUAUGAAUUAGAUGCUAGUGGAGACAGAGACAUCAAUCUGUCUGUGGUUUAUACAACCAGCUCAAAGCAGUAUAAGACGCUGUUCUCCUUCAGCACGUCUCUGCACAUCACGUCGCUCAAUCACACACAUCCCGAUCUGGUGUGGGAAGGAUCGCAGCUGCCCAGAGAUAAACGCGCUCACGGGACGGAGGCUCAGAACAUCAUCAUGAUUGUUCUUGGCAUCAGUGUGGUCAUGGCUACCGCCAUCGCUUUCAUCUUAUACAGACAGAACAGGAGGGUGCGUUUCGAUCAAAAGAAAUGGUCUCACAUCAAUCCAUCACUCAUCAUUCUUCUGGACGACAAAGAGAGAAACCAGAUCAGUCUGACAAUCGAUGAGGAGAAGAAAGGUGACAACAGCGUCCUGAUACACAAGGGCCGAUACGACAAAAAGCCCGUCAUUCUGAAGGAGUUGAGAAACACAGAUGGAAACUUCUCUGAGGAACAACGCAUCGAACUCAAUGCUUUGUUGCGUAUUGACUAUUAUAAUCUGACGAAGUUUUACGGGACAGCGAAGUUUGACUGUGGUGUUUUCGGGGUGUUUGAGUUCUGCGAGAGAGGAUCACUGCGGUAUGUGCUGAACGAUAAGAUCUCGUAUCCUGAUGAGAGUUUUAUGGAUCUGGAGUUUAAGAUCUCUGUCAUGUACGACAUCGCAAAGGGCAUGUCAUACCUGCACUCCAGUAAUGUUGGUGUUCACGGCCGGCUGAAAUCCACCAACUGCGUGGUGGACAAUCGGAUGGUGGUGAAGAUCACCGACUUCGGCUGCAACACCAUCCUCACGCCCGGGAAAGACCUGUGGACGGCGCCGGAGCACAUGCGUGUUCAGGGGAUUUCUCAGAAAGGCGACGUCUAUAGUUUUGCCAUCAUCUCGCAGGAGAUCAUUCUCAGGAAGAGCCCAUUUCACACGUGCUGCUGCUCCGAUACGGCAGAGAAAUUGUAUCGCGUUCAAUAUCUGCGGGGGCCGAACGUCUUCCGGCCCGAUCUGAGUUUCGAGUCUGUUGGAGAAACCGAAGCAGAGCUGUUCGUGCUCAUCAAGAGCUGCUGGGAGGAAGAUCCAGAGAAGCGUCCGGACUUCAAGCGGAUCGAGGGUGCUCUGGGGAAGAUCUUUAGUAACCUUCACAACCAGGCCAAUGCCAGCUACAUGGACAACCUGAUCCGCCGGCUCCAGAUGUACUCGAGGAACCUGGAGCACCUGGUGGAGGAGAGGACAGCUCUGUAUAAGGCCGAGAGAGACCGAGCCGACCAGCUCAACUUCAUGCUGUUGCCGGGUCCAGUGGUUCGCUCUUUGAAGGAAACGGGUCGUGUGGAGCCAGAGCUGUACGAUGAGGUCACCAUCUACUUCAGCGACAUUGUGUGCUUUACGACCCUCUGCCAUCACAGCACACCCAUGGAGGUGGUGGACAUGCUGAACGACAUCUACAAGAACUUCGACAGCAUUCUCGACCAUCAUGACGUCUAUAAGGUGGAGACCAUCGGUGAUGCAUACAUGGUCGCGUCUGGUCUGCCAAGACGCAACGGAAACAGACAUGCUGUGGAUAUUUGUCUCAUGGCUUUGGACAUCCUGGAGUUCAUGGGGACGUACCAGCUUAGACACCUGCCAGGAAUCCCACUGUGGAUCCGUAUUGGGAUCCAUUCAGGUCCAUGUGCGGCUGGUGUGGUGGGUAAUAAGAUGCCACGUUACUGUCUGUUUGGAGAUACAGUCAACACGGCAUCACGAAUGGAGUCUACAGGCCUGCCUCUGAGGAUUCAUGUGAGCGAGUCAACCAUCAAGAUCCUGGAGCGAACCGACUGUAAAUUUGAGUGCGAGCACCGAGGAGAAACAUACCUGAAGGGUAAAGGGAAGGAGAUGACUUACUGGUUGACUGGAGUCACCGGCCAGAAAUACAGUCUGCCAAUACCACCAACAGCAGAGAACUUCCAUCGCCUGCAACAGGAUAUGGCUGAGAGGAUCGUCUCCACGCUGGAUAAACGCGGGAACGAGCGACGCAAAACUCUUUCGACUCGCCAGCGGCGAACACAGAGACACAGCAGCGAUGGGCAGCCUGAAUACCUACACCUGAAUGACCCCACAACAUACCUGUAGAAAACACACUCACACACCUCUAUGGAUUUAACUGUAUCCCUAACUCCUUAGAUUUGAUUGUUUAUUCUAUAAUUUAUUCAUUCUGAAUGUGUUUAUUGUAACAUGAAUGAUGUAUGAACUGCUUCUUACUCACAUAGUCAAUAAAAGAACAAACUGUA